AUGUCGGCGCAAGGAUACUACAACAACGGGCCUGCUCCCCAGUACCCGCAACAGGCGUACGGACCACCGCAGGGCCAGUACCAGCAACAACCGAUGCAGUACCAACAAGGACCUCCUAUGGGAUAUCAGCCGCCGAUGGGGUACCAGCAACAGGGCCCUCCCCCUAAAGCCAAGAAAGAUCGAGGCUGCCUCGCCAGCUGUCUGGCAGUACUCUGCUGUUGUUUCGUGUGCGAGGAGGGAUGUGAGUGCUGUCUCGAAUGCUGCGAGUGUGCCGAGGACUGCUGUUAA